ACCAAAAGAAAAGAUUGAAACCCUAAUUAUCACGAGACAGAAGAACAGGGUUUGGGUUUUGUCUGCUUCCUAUAAAUCUCAAAACCGUUUAGGGGCUAUUGUCUCUCCAUCGAUCAUGGAUUAUUCGGAUGAUGAUGGCAUGCUCGAUAUUGAAUCAGGCGAAGAUAAUUUAUACGGUGACGACGUUGAUCCUGGAUUCGCCGAGGAAGACAAUGACAACGAUUCUGCAUCUCAGCUAAGUUAUGUUAUACUCAAGGAAGAAGAUAUUCACGAGCAUCAAAGGACCGAUAUUGAACAAGUUUCUACGGUUCUCUCUAUAAGCCAAGCAGAAUCGAUCGCUUUGCUUCUUCACUAUCAGUGGAGUACUAGCAAAGUCGAAGAUGAAUGGUUUACCGAUGAAGAGAGAGUUCGUAAAACCGUCGGUAUAGUGAAGGAGCCUGUCGUUGAUCUUAAUCACACGAAUAUUAUAUGUGGAAUUUGCUUUGAGUCCUAUUUUCAAAAGGACAUUGCAACUGUUUCUUGUGGUCAUCCUUAUUGCAUGACUUGUUGGACCGGUUACAUCACUGCGAAAAUCACCGGUGGUCCUGGCUGUUUGAUGGUUACAUGUCCCGAGCCUUCUUGUUCUGCUGUGGUUGGUCAAGAUAUGAUCGAUAAGCUCAUAUCUAAUGAAGAGUAUAAGGAGAAGUAUUAUAGAUAUUUCUUUAGGUCUUAUGUUGAAUCCAGCGGAAAAAAGAUAAAGUGGUGUCCAUCACCAGGGUGCGAAUACGCGGUUGAUUUUGGAAGAGGAAGUGAAAACUAUGACGUUUCUUGUUUGUGUUCUAAUGACUUUUGUUGGAAUUGUAGUGAAGAUGCUCACCGUCCUGUGGGCUGCGAUACGGUGUCGAAGUGGAUAUUCAAGAACAAUGAUGAAUCCGAGAACACGACUUGGAUACUAGCCAAUACGAAGCCUUGUCCCAAAUGCAAGCGUCAGAUCGAGAAGAACCAGGGAUGCAGCCAUAUGACAUGCUCAGCGCCUUGCCAUUUUGAGUUUUGUUGGAUCUGUCUUCGUGCAUUUCCAUGUCCUGGGGAUUGCAACAAGUUUAAGGGUGGUGAUAAUGAGGCUGAAAACAAGAGAGAAAUGGUCAAAGCUGACAUGUAUAGAUACAUGCAUUAUUAUGAAAGAUGGGCAAGCAAUCAAUCGUCAAGGCUAACGGCUAAGAGAGACUUGGAGAAAUUGCAAUCAGUGCAACUUAAGCAGCUUAAUGACAAACAAGACACACCAGAAACUCAGCUUCAAUUCAUUGUAGAUGCAUGGCUUCAGAUCAUCGAAUGUAGGAGGGUCUUGAAAUGGACAUUUGCAUAUGGAUACUACCUUCCUCAACAUGAACAUGCCAAGAAAGAAUUUUUCGAGUAUUUGCAAGGGGAGGCUCAAGAUGGUUUGGAGAGGCUUCAUCAUUGUGCUGAAGUGGAGUUUAGACAGUUUGUAAGCGAAACUGGAGAUCCGUCUAAAGAUUUCAAUGAUUUCCGCAUGAAAUUGACUGGCCUAACUAGAGUAACCAAAACCUACUUCGAAAAUCUGGUGGAAGCUUUGGAGAAUGGUCUUGCUGAUGUAGAACAAAUGAGAGCAAAAUAACAACAGACUCUUUGUCUUCUACCAUAAGAUAAAAGUUGGUGAGAAUGGUCUAAGGAAGAUGCAAGUUGUAACUGAGGUUUCUCAGUUUCAGUUUUAUGUGUGUUUGUGCAAAGAGUUUGUGUCGUUGUUUACAUUAUACUCUAAUUAUUGCAUCCUCUUUGCCUCCGCUUCAUUAAUUUUGGGUGAACCAAAACCAAUGCCGUUUCUUACAAAAAUUAUCUAUGCCAAGAGUACAUGUUUCAUCCUUUCAAUAUUUGUGAAUGAUAUUUAUAUUAACUUCGGGCUAGAAAAUCUGAAAACAGAACAAUAUGGAUGAACAGUCAAGAAAAGAAAAUCACCACCGCCACGCAAAAUCCCAACCCGAGCUCCGUCGCAACGAACUGUUCGGUCGUCAAUAGAGACGCGGCUUGGAGAGCUACAAAUCAAACUGCUGGUCUUGGUUGGACAGUGAAAACCCUCGAAGGAACUGCUGAAUUCACUCUAACUGCUCGUUUUGUUGGUUCAGCUUUGUCUGCAGAAGGACUAGCCAUGAGAGAGGCUCUGGCUAGAUGCAAGGAAAGGGGACUUAAACGGCUGCGAUGCGAAUCUGACUCUGCUCAACUGAUAAAAGCUCUCACCUCAGGAGAGGCUCAACCGGAACUAUAUGGGAUUAUCUCGGAUGUUUGUAGGUUCUCUAGUUAUUUUGAUGAAAUCUCCUUCUCUUGGAUAUCAAGGGAAAAGAACAAUGUUGGACAAGCUAAACAAUGUUUGGUUGAGGAAGAAGUCUUUGUGCCUGGCACCUAACUCUCAUUUAUGCAUUAAUAUAAGUUCGUGAAUCAAAAAAAAAGAACAAUAUGGAGUUUUCUUAUCACUCAAACGUCUAGACGGACCAACAAACGAUAUAGCUGGAACUCGAUCAUUUAGUCUCGAUACGCAGGAGUUUUAUUGGAACCGAGAGAACUCGAUGCUCCAUAAGAGAAAACUAAACUUACCAGUUUAGCACCUCCAUCGAUAUAGUAAUUUUAAUAAAUAUACUAGAUUUUGAUCCGUUCUUUCAAAGCAUAGAAAUAUUUGUUUGAUUUAUAACUUUAUAUAAUAAUCAUAUAUAUUUGUUAAAAGUCCGAGAUCAUAUUCAUACUUAAACGUUUGCGUUUUGAUGAUUAUACUUGAGAUUUAGAUAUUUUAAGUAUCUUAUUUCAGAUUAAUAUUUUUUUAUAAUAUGUUAUUAAUGUUUUAAAGCGAGAUUAUGAUCUACGAUUUAAAAUUUACAACAUAUUCUAUUAAAAAUUGAUAAAUUUUAUAAUGCCGUAUGUUUUGGUUUUGUUUUUGAAAAUUCUUAUUUUCAGUUGCUAUUUUUAAUAAGUUAGCACUGUAAUAUAAAUAAGUUUUUAAAACUAAUAGAAUUUUUUAUAUUUUUUGUUUUCUCAAAACUCAAUGUAAAAUACAUAUCAGAUUUACUAAUAUAAUUAAAUUGGCUUUGAAUAAAAAAAUAAAAUAAAUAAUGUUUGGCCUUUGUUUACAUCCAAAAUUUUUAAAGAUUGAGUUUUUAACAUAUAAUACUAAAUCACUUUGGGUUUUGUUUUAUCAAUUUGAGGAAUGAUAUGGCAAUUUAAUUAUCUUCAAAAAGUAAUAAAAGAAUCGUAUAAGAGAUUCUGCUUUAAUAAUAUAGAUAAGAGAUUCUAUUUUAAUAAUAUAUAUAAUCAAACUAAUAUGUUAUUUUACUACAGUUUAAUUAUAUAUAUUCAAACUUUGAUAUUAAAAUAAAAAUGGAUCAAUUAGAAAAUGAAAAACAUUGUAGUGCUAUGGCAUGUGUAUCCAUGAAUUCUAAAACUCGAACAUUUUUUUUCUCUUUUAUCUUUUAUUUUAUUUUUAUUAACCUUUUUAGGCUGAAAUAUUACGUGUGAACCUUGCAUUUUUUUUUGUCCAUAACCUUUUAAGCUGGUCCACACUUUUUUGGAGUCCUUUGAAAUAAAUUACAAAAUAAUAACACGAAAAAACAUGCUCCACAAAGAAACAGAACGAUUUUUUGGCGCCAGUCCACCUAAUUUCCUUACACGUUUUUAUCAGGGGUUAUUUGUGAAAUAACCAAAAAAAAAACUAAAAUUAGUUUUUAAGAGAGAGAGUAGAGAGAGAUAAGAAAAAAGAACGGGGAGAGAGAAUGAGAUUUUAGUCAUAUUGUGAAUUUUGUUUUUUUUCUUAGCUAGUAGAUGCAAUUUCCCUUUUUCUUAAAGGUUUUUUGCAAGAUUGACUCAAAACUCAAAGCAAAACCUAAAACUAAUCCAUGUUUUUCUUGAAUUUUUCUUUUGUUAUAUUCACCCCACAAGUUCAUGAUAUUCACGAAAAUGCCAUUAAAUUUUUUUUUUUUUUCC